AGAUUGCACCAUAACAACAAUAAACACGAAAGGCUCAGCACUAUGUCAACGGGGAAAAGUAGUGAAGAAUGUCGGAACCCCGUGGGGCUCUUACACCCUCCCGAGGAGAUGUCAGACUCAGGUUUUAAAAGAGCGUCUUCUUUUAAGCUGAAAAAGCCUGACCAUGUUCGAUUGGAUGUCACAUUGGCGCGACGUAAUAGCUUGCCAAGUCCGGCAAGUCCAAAAAUGUUCUUGGCACCCCCAGAAACCCGUCCAUUAGAAAGGGUGCGGUCAUUCCACUUAACUAGAGAUGGUUUAAAGAACCGUGGGGACUUAAUCCGAAGACAGAGCACUAUCAGCAUAAACUCUUGUGAGAAAUGUGACGGUAGUGUCGAAGCCUCAGUAAGCGCUGAUAACGAAACACCACGUGUUGUCCAAGUUGUCAGGGUGGCAUUGGUUGGUUGCGACGAAGUAGGAAUACAUACAUUGAAAAGUCAGUUCUCAACGUCAGAGGAAAUAUACAUCAACCACCAAAGAGAAGAUGCCGAAUCACCAGAGGAUAUUUUCCUUCUACUCAAUAAAGAUGAAUAUUGUGUGCAGUUUGUUGAAGAAACUGAGUUUAUGGAAGGCCACAGGACGUCUUUAGUGGAUGCAGUAGUGGCAGUAUUCUCUGUCGUGGACUCUUCUUCAUUUUUAUAUGCAACCAAGAAAAUCGAAAUCAUUCGGGACAAGAUGAAGUACAACUCUCCCAUUUUUCUCGUGGGAAACAAAUGCGAUUUAGCAAGAAACAGAACAGUUUCCGAACGAGAGGCCCAGAAGUUUGCAGACAAGUACAAGUGUAAAUAUACAGAGACUUCUGUCGUCCUCAACCACAACAUCGAUGAACUUCUGGUCGGUAUCGUCCGCAAGGUCAUUCAAAGGCGAGAAGGCAGGAAGCAGACGACAUCGGAAGAAUCACAAACACCGAAAGCUACUAGUUUCACCAAACGAGUUCUUAACAAGCUUAAAAAAAUUGGACAAUCAAAAGAAAAAAGUAAUAAACCGUAUGAUUGAAAAUCGUAUGUAAUGUUCAAUGCAGAAAAGUAUGAAUGUGUAUAAGGAAAAUGGCAUCGAAAUGUUCAUGUUUGAAAUAAUUGUGAUGUUUUUCUUCCUUCUUUAAAUUGGAUGACGAUUCCUAACUUUAUAUAUUAACUGUUUACUAUUCCUGUUUAAUCUUAUUGUGGAUGAAUGUAUCAUUUGUUUAUUGUUUUGAUUCUCGAAGAAUAGUGUAACCACAUGACAAGACUGUCAAUUUUUACUAAAUGUUUCCCUAAGUAUUUAUAGAGCUUUUCCUAAGCUGAAAGUUACGCAUCUGAGUUAUAUUUUUUUCACUUUCGUAAUUAUAUGAUCAAUAAUAUAAUAAAAAAAUGUUUUUCUUUA